AUGCCGCCGAAAAAAGCUCCCGUUGAGCAGUCCGCUCCCGAUCUGGAGAUCGUGGGCGAUCAGCUCACAAUCCACCCCAGUGGCUUCACCGGAGGCCCCGAGCCGCAGGACGACCAGAUCAUGGAGCGGAACCUGGUGCACCAUAUGGCUCGCUUUCGCGAGAACCCGUUCGAAUUCCUACGAGAAGUGAGCGCCCAUAUGCAGGGAACGGGAUGGCGCGCCUAUGACAAUGUGAUCGGACAGCCAAUAUUCUACUCGGGCUUUACGGAGCGCAUGAAGUCGUCCAUCGUUGACAGCCCGCUACUUCAAUCCAAAGUGCACGAGUUGGCAGAGGCACGAUUGGUCGUCGAAGAGAAAGAAGGCCUCUUGGAUCCGCUCCGGCGGGACGCGCGUCGAAAUGAGCUCCGAAAUAAUCUGAUGGUGGUGGUCGACAGCAUGUUGGACAAUAUGAUCUGCAAAAUGGAGAGCAAACGAUUCAUUCGGGGCGCGUAUUAUCUGUGCACCCAGCUUCUUACCCGCGCGUACCAUCAAGGCAUUCAUGUGUCGAGUGAAGAAGUCCUGCGUUUGAAGCGUGUUGCCGAGGACGCAGCAAAGAAGAAACAGUCGAUCGUUUUUCUCCCUUGCCACAAGUCACACGUCGAUUAUGUUUCACUACAAAUUAUAUGUUAUCGUCUUGGAAUUGGUCUGCCAGUGGUGGUGGCUGGCGACAACCUAAACAUCCCCCUCCUUGGUCCUUUCUUGCAGCACGCCGGUGCCAUGUGGAUUAGGAGAAGCUUUGGCAAUGAUCCUCUCUACAACACGGUCGUCCAGGCGUAUGUCGACACAUUGCUCCAACAAGGCUUUAACUUCGAAUGUUUCAUUGAAGGUGGACGGUCCAGAACCGGAAAGCUGCUGGGUCCGAAAUAUGGUAUCCUCCGGUUCAUCGUCGACAGCCUAUUGUCUGGUCGCGUUGAAGAUACCAUCAUAUGCCCAGUCAGCACUCAAUACGACAAAGUCAUUGAGACUGACUCCUAUGCCAGUGAACUUCUCGGUACCCCCAAACGGAAGGAAAAUCUAGCCGAUCUGCUCUCAUCUUCCUCGGUCCUAUCCCUGAAACUGGGCCGCGUUGAUGUUCGGUUCCACGAGCCAUGGAGCUUGAGAGAAUUCAUCAACCAGCAAUUAACGCGUCUUUCGGUCGAGAUCAACCCUAACGGAGCUCAGAAUCUGACUUAUGAGCAACGAGGCCGACUCUUGAGAUCUCUGGGUUACCGGGUGCUGUCGGAUAUCAAUAACGUGGCGGUGAUGAUGCCUACCGCUUUGGUUGGAACUGUGCUGCUGACUCUUCGCGGCCGUGGGGUGGGCAAGGCUGAGUUGGUCCGUCGUGUCGAGUGGCUCUGUGACAGAGUUCGAGCGAAAGGAGGGCGCGUCGCGCACUUCUAUAGAUAUCCCACGGAGGUAGUUGUUGAUCGUGCCCUCGAUGUUCUUGGGCCCCAACUGGUGGGUAUGAUUGCUGGACUUGUCGAGCCGACCUAUUACGCAGUGGAUCGCUUUUUGCUCUCAUUCUAUCGCAACAUGACCAUUCAUUUGUUCGUUACGGAAGCAUUGGUGUCUGCAGCUAUGUAUACCAAGAUCAAACAGGGCGGAGGGCCCACAAACCAAAGAAUCUCCUAUGAGGAGCUGCAUUCUCAGGUUCUCUUCCUGUCUCGGCUCUUCCGUGGCGAGUUUAUCUUCCCUCCUGAAGGUCUGGAAACAAAUCUGGACAACACCAUCAGGGGCCUGGAGGAAGACGACGUGAUCGCUGUCACAAGAGACAGUGAUGGCAAACCCGAAUUCGUCGAGUUGAGCCAAGCAGAGCGUCAAUGUGGAAGAGAAAAUUACGACUUCUACUGCUUCCUGAUUUGGCCCUUUAUCGAAGCCUCGUGGCUUGGCACCGUGUCGCUCCUGGGCCUCACUCCCCCACGAGAUGGACCCCAGGAUGUUUGGAUCGAUAUGAAGAAGGCGGAGAACAACGCGCAGCUCGUAAGUCUUCCCACAACAUUCCCGCACGGCCGCAUCCCUGACUCAUAUAUCCAGCUUGGGAAAACCCUCUAUCACCAAGGCGAUCUCUCUUAUUUUGAAGCUGUGAAUAAGGAGGCUUUGAAAAAUUCGUACCAACGCUUCGUCGAAGAGGGAAUCAUUGUUGUUGCUAAGGAUAAGGGAUCCGGAUCUUCUACCUUAAUGAAACUGGCGCCUGAAUGGACUCCGGAGCGCGAUCCAGACACGGACAAGCUUCUGCCUCAUGGCCGUCUUUGGGACUUUACAGAACGCAUAGCUCAGUGCCGGCGUGAAGGAAAAAAUCGCCGUGAUGGAGCCACGGUCUCUUCGCGUGUGCUCACACUGUCCGACAAGGUCGGCCGCACGUUGUUCGCAAGUGCCGCCAGACCGGAAUCGCCCGAUGAUGCCGACAUUUUGAGUCGGGAGAGGCGCAGACAGGAAAUCACUGCGACACCCAAGCUUUGA